CAACAAUCCACCUCAGAGGAGAUGCGAAACCGUCAACUGGAAAUGAUGCAACAGCUAGAGGAGGAGGAAAAGCAGCUAAUCGCCGAGUUCGCUGAAGCCGAACGGCAGACGUUAGAAAAAAGAGAAGCUUGUGGAAGGGUUUAUGAUCAUGAUCAUGUUCUAGUGUGUGUAUUGAAGCCGAACAGCAGACGUUAGAAAAAAGAGCAGCUUGUGGAAGCGUUUAUGAUCAUGAUCAUGUUCUAGUGUGUAUAUUUACUUAGGUAUUUUUCCAAAAUUGUAAUUGUGUUUGCAAAAAGUACGUUCUGCGCGUUGUAGUUGUUCGUUGGGGGCCGAGUAAUACGACUGAUCUGCAUGGUGCCGUUAUAAAGUCCUCAUGUAAGUAUCUAUAUUAGUUAUUCAUCCACCUCCUAGGUGGAUCCCAUGAUAUAUUUAUCACGACACCUUCAUUCCCUGAUGGAAAGCAAGACUCUCGUUUCCGAGGAACUUGAACGAAAGCAGGCUGCACACCCACUAGUCUUCUCGUCGCACAGCAGCUUUUCCUCAGUCGAAGCGGAAGAGGGACAUUUGGUGGAAUUACAGUUAAGGCACACUCACCAACCCAUAGGAUAGUGAAACGUUGAAAGACAAUAACCGACCCAUCUCCCCCUCCUCCCCUGUGCAAUACUGUUUUACUUACCCCUAGAAUGGGUAAACUACUACUACUACAGGGGUCGGUUAGUUCACUAAACGACCUACAAUCUAGUCCUCUCAUCAUUACAGGUAAGGCUUCUAGAAGUACUCCGUGGAGAAUAUUAUUUAUGGAUCUCUGAGGCACAAACAGAACACCAAGGGACAACAAGAGCAUUUGUUUUGCUGCAAAAACAACUUGAUUUCCUGUAGUUAAGCCAGUACCACCACGAGACGAGACUCCCCGACCUUCGAGAAUCUUCUAAGACGAGCUGAACAGGAGGACCUACUCGUCACGAUUCAAGUCAUGUUAUGCGCAGGGUGUAGCAGUCGGCUUUUCAACUCCACCCAUAGGUAGCAUACAUUAACUUUCUUUCGCUUUCAUUCAACUAACUAUGUAUUUGAAAUCGUUGCCUUCUUUAAUAACAAGAAAAUGAAAGGAAUGUACACAUGACGCGACAAAAACUGACGACCACCCAAGCCCAACUACAAGAAUAUCGAUUGCCUCUAAUGCUCCAUCGUAAGUUAGAGGCGGAGACAGAGCGCAUUCAAAUGCACUUCGGGG